AUGUCGCGCCGUGCGACCUUUGACCCGAGGGAUCAGGCCGGCCGUGCGCGAACAGUGCCUCUCUGGGAAUGCGGGAUCGCCGGGGAGCUGCGCAGAGAGAGGGACGGGGAGGAGAGGGCGUUCGUAUCUGCCCAGCCGAACCCCCGAACUCCGCAGGCAGGGGCUUUUAAGCUUUACGACCUCGAUAACGAUGGCUACAUCACCCGAGACGAGAUGUUAAACAUUGUGGACGCCAUCUAUCAGAUGGUGGGGAACACUGUGGAGCUGCCCGAGGAAGAGAACACGCCGGAGAAAAGGGUCGACCGCAUUUUUGCCAUGAUGGACAAGGUAAACGCCAUCCCACUGCCUGGCCCACUUCAGCUCAGCCUGUUCCAGGAGGGCUCCAAGGCUGACCCGUCCAUUGUCCAGGCCCUCUCUCUGUACGACGGGCUGGUAUAGUGAAGGCUGCGCUGCAGUGAGUGUCCACCAGGGGGCAGAAGGAGAUAUCCCAGAGCGCCCCGCUCCAGUGCCAUCAUGCUCGUUCUUGCAAGAGGCCGACAUCGUUUUCGCCUUCUUUCUGCGCAGAGGAAGUGUGUGCGUGUGUGUCUGUGGGGGGUGGGGGUUUGGAAUCGGGGUUGGGGGGUGGGGAGAGGGGGUGACCUUCACUUGUCGAUCACUCGUCUCCAUCAUCGCCAAAAACGAACUGAGUGGGGGGGGGGAGAAAAUGGAGGAAGACGCGAUGACCUGCCUGCUCUGGGGGCUGCUGGGAAGAAGGAGACUGAUCCCUUCUGUUGCUCAGGAGUGACGCGCAGUGAAGGCCCCUGCACAUCGUUAAUCACACCUCCGCCGCUACGAAUACACGAGUGCGAUCAUGCUUAUUAAUGCUGGAGAUGAUGAUUGUUUUUUGGAGUGCGAAAACGAAAAUCUUAUUUAUAUGUAUCAUUUAUAUAUAUAUAUGUAUGUAUAUUGGCUUAAAAAUGAAGUUUUAGUGGCCGAAUCCGCUGACGUGGCAUCGCUGGGGGUUUAUGAUGAUUUUUUCUUGUGUGCGAAAAGUGUCGUGUGCUCACGUGGAACGAGAUUAAGUGUUAUUUUUUCAAAUCCGUGGAAUUCUUUCCUUAAUGGGCCCGCCCCUCCGCGAGCUCCGAGGGGUGGAGGGUGGGGAGUGUGUGUGUGUAUGUGGGGGCGCCCCUUGAGGAAGAUCAUGGGAAACACUUGCAAAGGGGGGCUUCCCUGGAGCUGCAGAGGGCCGUGUGCAGGACAGGCGCCUGGAAGAGGGGCUGGAGCACGCUGGCUUCCUGUACUUGUGAAUGUGCUUUCCUCUUGUGCCGUCUUGUGUAACCCCCCCAUACUCGAUUAAACCAACAUGGAGGAAACGA